AUGCUUCACUUCAUUCAGAAAUUUUCUCAAGCAUCUUCAAAGAUGCUGAAGUACCCUUUUGCUGUGGGACUAGGAACCUGCAGGAAAAUAGAUAAACUGUUUCUCAAGACAUCUCUCCAGCAGAACUUUCCCCGUUUGCUUCCAAGGCCUUGGCUCUUGUCAUCAUUUCCAGUGUGUAUGAGCAAAACACAAUGUUACCAUACUUCCCCAUGCUGUUUUAAGAAGAAGCAGAAGCCAGCAGAACUUAGAGCCAAGACACCAAGCACUAUCACUUACCUGACUGAUAGUCCACAGCCGGCUCUAUACAUAACUCUGGCAGGACUGGUCCCCUUUGUUGCUCCACCACUGAUCAUGGUGAUGACAAAGACUUACAUCCCCAUAUGCUUUUACUCAGUUGGCUUAUGGAGCCAGUUUUCUGUCUUUCCUGGGAGGGGUCAGAUGGGGUUUUGCUCUGCCAGAAAGCAGUACAGCCAAACCAGACUUCCUUAA